AAUUAGCAACUCUAUUUUGUAAAUUUGUAGAAUUUGUUAUGUUUAUGUUAAGCUACUAAAUUGAAUUCAUUUACAAAUAAAAUAAACUCUAGAAUAGAACUGAACCAGAUAAAGGGUAAACUCUAAAAUAAAGAAAUUCAAUAUUCCUUGAGCAUUUGGGGACAAUGAAAUUCUGAUCUGUACUAGGACAAUGAAAUUCUGAUCUGUACUAACAUCGAUCAUAUGCCAAGUUUCCUUGGAAUCUUCGUUUCGUUAGCAAUCUGGUUGAACUUUAUCAUGUUCCAAAUCUUCUCCCUAUCAAGUUGCCAUUUCCAUCAAUCUAUAUGAUUCAACCUGACAGGCUGAAAAAAUAUUAGCACUUAUGGUAGAGACUAGAAUAAUCAAAUGCCAAUCCUGUCAGCAUCAUUUAUGGGUACGAACAGGCUCGGAAACAAGUCGCUGUGUAGCUUGCAAACAUAUUAAUUCAGUUGCAGGCAGCGAAGAAUCUAGUCGAACUUUCCAGGUUAGAGAUAGAGACUGCAAUAGUUCCAAGCACAGUCGAGGAAUUCCUGAAGUACCACUAAAAUUCAAGAGAAAGCGUGCAGUUCUUUGCGGAGUUACUUAUGACAGCACAAAGCACAAGUUAAAGGGUACCAUAAGUGAUGUUAAGCAUAUGAGAGAUUUUCUGAUCAACAACUUCAAGUUUCCGAAAGAUUGCAUCCGGCUACUUACAGAUGAGGAAUAUCAAGACCCUAAACUAAUUCCCACUAGGAAGAAUAUUGAGAUGGCCCUGCAAUGGCUUGUAGAGGAUUGUUGUCCAGGAGACUCAUUGGUUUUUUACUUUGCUGGACAUGGCUCACAGCAGACUGACAUUGACGAGGAUGAAAUUGAUGGACAUGAUGAAAUAAUUUGUCCUCUUGAUUUUAAAGUUAAUGGAAUGAUCGUUGAUGACUACAUCAACUCCGUAAUUGUUAGACCACUUAUUGAUGGAGUCACUCUUCAUGCCAUCAUGGAUACUUGCCACAGUGCAACAAUGCUCGAUUUGCCACAUAUCUUCAGUGCAAACGAGAAGUGGGCAGAUAAUAAUCCUCCAUCAGGGAUCUAUAAGGGCACAAGUGGUGGGCUUGCCAUUUGUAUUAGUGCUUGCAGAGAUGAUCAACUAGUUGUUGAUUCUUCGACUUUAUGUGGAAAGACAACUUUAACAUAUAAUUUCAUCCAUGAGAUUAACAGAAACCCUGAAUUGACAUAUGGUGAGCUAGUAACCUCUGUUCAAAACAAGAUUCACGACGCUAUUGAAGCACGAGGCAUCAAAACUUGGUUUAUGAGGACAUUUUUCAGGUCUGCUUUUUCACAGGAGGUCCAACUAUCAUCUUCGCACAAGUUUGACAUUCAACAAAUAAGAUUCAAGUUGUAGUCUGAUCCAUCAGAAGGAAAAUCAAGUUAUCUAAAAGCCAAAAGAGUCAUUCAUGUCCUUAAGAUUUGUCUCGAGGACCACCCUCAACGUCCGAAAAGGUUCAAGUAUACCCUUAAUGUCUUUAAAAGUGAACAACCACGCCCCCAAUUUGGACACAUAAAUGAGACGUUGGGGGCUUCGUUGUCAAAAUCAAAGGCAUGGUGGUUCACUUUUUAAAACGUUGGGGAUAUAUUUGAACCUUUUCGGACGUUGAGGGCUUACUUGAUUCUAAAGUCAAACCUUAAGGGCAUAAAUGACCCUUUUCCCUAUCUAAAAUGACCUUAAAAAGUAUAAAACAAAAUGAUUUAAAUAUGAAAUGAUCCAAGCUUGAAAUAACUGAACCAUUUGCUGCUUUAACUAGAGGUUAGAAAUUCAACUACUUGUCUAGUAGCUGAAAUUACAUGCUUGAAAUUACAUUGUAGUAUUAUAUACUAUGUAGAUGAUUAUGUUUCAGAUAAAGACUGGCAUAAGUUUUGCAAA